AUGGCAGACCCAGUAUCUGCGUUCUCCGGCGUGGCGGCAAUACUUGGCCUUGUUCCGGUUCUUCAUUCCACCAAACGUCUAUAUGUCUUCUUCGGCGAAUUAAAAGACGUAUCCAAGAACAUUCGACGCUUGCUUGCAGAAGUGGAGACAAUGGAGCUGUUUCUCGAGGAAGCGCGUGAAUAUUCUAAGGUUUUGGAAUCUUCAGCACUUGCUUUCGAAGACAAGAUCCACAUUCCGGGAGUUAUCAGGGCUCUCAAUUCGUGUCACCUUGAGCUGACUGCUUUGCAUUCUUGUGUCAAAGAUGCAGACAUCAACGACACAGAGGGGAAAGUAAAGAGAAUGGCAAAGAAGAUGAGGUUUGUAUCAAAUCACGAGGAAGACAUAUCACGCCCGCUACGAAACAUCGAGACGUCUCGAAAGAACCUCGGCACUGCCCUUUUGAUUUUCAAUGGACGCUGUAAUAUCAGCCUGCAAGAGCAAAUCAGAGCGGCACGACAUGAUGUUUCCAAGCUCGAAUCUGCUUCCAAAACACAGUUCGAUGCACUUCAGGCUAUGGUAUCAGAUACUUCAAGACGGACCCAACAACUGUUAACCUCAGAUAUACAACAAACCGCCAAGGAGACUCAAGUGAAGCCCCAAGGGAGCGUCCUCACUGCGAGCGUUGUUACUGAUGAAAAACUCUCUGCUCUCGCUAAUUCCAUUGGUAUAGCGUCGCUACAAACAAAAGAGGCCUUACAAUAUAUCCAGAACAACACUGAUCAAACGAUGGAAUAUUUGCGAAACGGUCAAAACUUUAUACCAUCCCAAAUGCUGGCCAGACGAGGACAUAAAAAGGCUUCUCGGAAGUUCCAUAGCCCACACAGCGCAUCAAGACUCAAAACCCACCGGCCCACCAAACUUGCGGAUUCUGCCAAGACUUUAGCGAUGAUAAACAAAAAACUUGAAGACAUCGAUACCAAAUUUGCCUCCAUUACAAUUUCCUCAGACCCUACAAGACUCAAAGAAGCUACAUUUGAAGGUUUCAAUCUUACCGGUGUCACUCUUCCUUUAAUGCUCGUCAGGCCCAGUUUAUUAAUGAUACUUCAAUCUUUGAUUUCUGGUGAGCAGCUCAAAGUCUCCCAAUCCGAUGUUAACUUAUUUUCGUCACAACUUGGAGAGUUAUUGUGUGAAUGCUAUGAAGCUUCAGUAAGAGCUGGCUCCUUCCACAAACCGGACCAGUCUUGGACUGCAAGUCCACAACGGAGAACUACACACGAGUCUACUUUUUCCACGACACCGUCCGAAGCGAAGCAAAAUAGAGAAGUACGAUGGUUCUCUCGACAAACGCCAGCCGGGUUACUCUUGCUUGAGAUAGAAACCUGUUCUCCCGACGUCAACAGAACCACCGUUAUUUGUGGGAUAUAUUUCGCUUUUAUACCAAAUAGAGAUAUUGUCCGUCAAGGAAUAUCGGUUGUCUUUGAAAAGUGAAUAGGCCUUGCGUCGCAAAAUACGGUUUCACGAAAUAUUCGGGUAUUGAUUAUACUGAGUCCAAGCGCAAAGGACGAAUUGGAAUUCAUUUUGAAAAAGGACGAUGUGGUAGGACUCAAAAAGAGUCUUUAAGAGCGAACCGUUCAACCCUGGGACCGCGCUGGUGAUGACGGUUUUUCUCUGUUAGAGGUUUGUAGAGAGAACGUCUGACCCUUGUUCCUUUUGCUAAUGAAGAUAGUGGUGUAAUGUCUUUGAUAGCUACAAGUGUCUUGAGCUUCUAUUCCAUUCAGGAGGAGAUAUGAAACAACCAAGCCCGUAAGCGAAACGAAAUCCUAUGCCUUGAUGCUUUUCUAACAUAACGAUUUAGUUCCUUUGUCCCACUUUUCUCGGUCAUUUGGGCAUUUCUUCUGGAACCUAGAUCCUCCUUCGUCUCUUACGUAAAGGUAUCCCAAUUGGUUACUACGCAUGGCGCCAAUCUCGAGGACGCCUUCCUACACCCCCACCUACUCUAUGUCCCUUCUUUGAUAUGUUCAAAAUCAGAGAUCACGGGGCUAAUGUGUCAAUACUUAAUUCAAGGAGGCUGCAAUAGCGAGAACAGGAACAAUCGCGGGGAAACACCACUUUUGUUUUCGGCGUCUCGCUUCGGGACCAACAACAACUUGUGGAUUCGGGCUCUGCUAGAAAAUGGCUGUGACAGAGCCGCCGUGGAUGAAAGAGGGAGAAGUGCGCUACACCUUUCGCUUCUGGUCUGCAACCAGCACCGUCGUGUGUCGUCACAAACGUUGAAGUAUAUAAUCUGGGAAAAGGUUACAAUGCUUUUGAGAUCAGGCUGUGACCCAUAUUUCGAGGACUCAGCUGGGCUGACUCCUUCGGAUUAUGCCGCGAUCAAUGGUCUCUGGUCAAUCUGGAGGGCCGCAAUGUUGGCUUCUGUAAGUGAAGAUAACGGUGCUAGGGGAUUAAAGAGACCAGGCGCUACACUAACUGCAACGAAAAUGCCGGAUGUUGAUUGGUGCUCUGCAAUAUGGUGUUACUACUGCGAAAGUAUCACUCAACAUGGUCUUUGUACCGAUGUGUAUUGCGACUUACAUGUCAAGUCUGGAGAUGGUUGUGCUUCCAUGGCAGCAGAUUAG